AUGGUGACAUUUCCAAACAAGUUCUCAAGCGUCACGCAAUUCUGCAGACGUUAUGCAAGUAUGACCAUCAGUUUUCCUACUCGAGUAUUCGUCUAUGGAACUCUAAAACGAGGUGAACCAAAUGCUAACGUAAUCAGCGAAACAGAAGGAAAAUAUCGUUUCAUUGGUGUGGGACGCACAAAAAUGCCGUAUCCGCUUGUUAUUGGAUCUAAAUAUAACAUUCCAUUCGUAAUUAACGAGCCGGGGAAAGGACACCAAAUACAAGGAGAAGUAUACGAAGUCGAUGACAUAAAAUUAAAAAUACUGGAUGCUUUAGAAGCCUACCCAACUCUGUAUUGGCGUCAAGUAGAAACGAUAGUUAUGGAUAAUAAUACGGAAAUAUCAGCUUGGAUCUACCUCUUGAGGAAGUGGCGUCCGGAUAUCUAUGAAUCAUCGACGCCAAUGAUGUCCAGUUACUCAAGCAAAGGACCGCACGGCAGGGAAUACGUGAGCAGGACGACAAGAUACCCACUUCACACAUUGGUUACUACGCCUAAAAAGUACAUCCGCGCAAAAGACAUGCUAGAUGAUUCCAGUUAUAAUCUUCAUGCUGAUAUUCAAGGCGGUGAUCCAACAGAUCCAAUCACUAAAGCUGCAUCAGACGCAAAAGCUGUUGAAGAUGCAAGAAAUUGCAUUGAUCAGCAAAAGGAAAUAAAUUGA